AGUUCGUCAUCAAUUUCCCAGCUCCUGUGAGAUGAAAGGAAAAAAAAAAGGAGAUUAGUCAAAUUCGGCGCCCGCACCGCGACGUCUCGCGCAGAACCAACCUUGACAAUACACACGUACAUGCAUGCCAUACAGUAGUAGCAUGGCAGCAUUGUUAUCUUGACUGUACUACUACUGACCUACUACUGCUACCACCACCACUGCUACCGUCAAACACUUCUUGCCUCACCCUACAGCAGUCAGUCAUCAUCAACAACUACGCGACGCGACCAUGGUGAAGAGAACACUGCCGAGCGCAAAGAUCACCCUCUCCUGCCCGCUGUGGGCCUGCGACUUUGUUCCGCAGGAUGCCAGCCAGCUCAUCGUAGGCGGUGGCGGGGGAGCGGGCAGACACGGUGUGGGCAACAAGAUCACCCUCCUAAAAGUAUCCAGCCAAACCGACGUCGAAAGUGCGGGCGAACUCGAACUGAGCGCGCAAGAAGAUAGCGUUGCGACUAUAGCCGUCGGCGGCCCGCGAAACGACAAGACAAACAACGUGUUCGCAGGAAUCAAUGGCACCCCGGACAAGUGCAAGAGAGGGGAAAGCCAACACUUUCGCAUCUUUAGUUUAGCUCAACAUGCAGGUGCUCCCUCUACCAGCCUAGAUGCAGAUGCACCACCCAACAAUAGCGGUGUAAGUCGCUCGUUUUUGCCGGAGACCGCACGCGAGACCCUUUUCGCAUCCACCGAUGCGGAUACCUUCCAACGUCGCCUCAGGCUCUCCCAGCCUUUCAUUAAACACUCCCUUGGAGCCCAACUCGGUGCCGUCUCGACCGGCUUCGCCAAACAACACCAGAUCGCCAUCUUCAAUGUCCCUGCCGCUGGUACCGCAAGGUGGAAACCCCGGGGCCGCCUGGAGAUUGCAAAUGAAGCGAUGGACCUGGACGUCAUACAGACUGGUCCCGACACAUACCAGCUCGCAUACUGUGAUGACAACGAGAUCUUCACCGUCGACGUCUCCAAGUCGGAGGUCUCGGAGCCAAAGUGUGUUUACACUCUGACCGGUGAUGUCGCCAACGACGGCCCGAAACCCUCUUUCCGCUCGCUGCGAUACCUGUCCCCUGGCUUCGUCUUCGCAGUCGCCAACAAUGCUGGAGGCAAGGGAGUGGCCCUGCACGGCUACCGUCUGCCCAAGAAGGAAGAAGAGAACGCCCGGCUAGCUGUCGUCAAGCACUUGCCCAAGUCCGUUUCACGGUCCACUGGUUUGGCAAUCCGCAACCUCACGCCUCCCGAUACGCCCUCUGAUCACCAAGGCGAGUCGCAAUACGUCGUUGCCGUCUCUGGCCAAGACAGCUCGAUAUCCCUCUUCACACUGGAGUAUCAAGCCAAGCACGGCGUGGAUCUGCUGGCAAACCUGGCUCCCUUCCACACCAUUGAGUCGGCUCACCCACAAGCCAUUACUGGCUUGAACUUCUCUACCUUCACCCCUCCAGAGGGACCACGGGGAGAGGUCUCCCUCAAGCUAGCCAGCGUUUCUCUGGGACAGACUGCCGUUGUCCACAGCAUACCCUUGAAGAAACAUGUCGACAAAUCGGCAUCCCCAACCAAGGAAGGACGACCCGUCACACCAACACGCUACGUCGUUGCGAUACCAUCAAAGCGCGACUCGCCCAAUCAACUCUUGUUCAUGCUUGCCUUGAUGGUUUUGGCAAUGGCUUUAAUUGGCCAAGUGUUUAUGGAGGCUACACAUCUCGGGCCACCUGUCCUGGGCACAAACAAAUACCUUCCAGCAUCCUGGACUCGCCCUCUACAGGUUGUUCCCCGUCAUGGGCCGGUGGUUGGGUCCAAGACCUUCGGUGAUCUCCUGAAAACAGUAGUCCCGAAAGAACACGAGAAGGUCAUCGUUAGGCAUGAAGAUCUUGCUGCGGUUGGUACGGAUGGCCUACCAAUUCUGAAGGCGGACAUUCACAAUGAAGAAGUGCAUGGCCCCGCCAAAUCGUGGGACGAAAUGGAAACCCACGAACAACGAGUAUGGAGAGAACGUCUCAAGAAGACUGGCCACUGGGCAGAGGAAAUGGGAGAGACUGUCUUGAAGGGAGUGGUGUUUGGAGAAAUUGGCGGCGCCAUUGGUGCCAUGGUUGGUGAAGCACUAUGAUGGUGCUUAUGGCCAAAUGAAAAAUCAUAUGAGCGGCCAUGCUGCUGCUUGCCUCGACGAUGGGGAAUGAUGCGUACGUCAGACAAGAUGAUGUCGUGGUAGUCUAAAAACGCCAUUUGUACAAAGACAAAAGAGAGCAAAAAGAAAAACCCAAUAUACCCCCUCCCAUGAAAAUUAUUACGAAGCGUUUUGCCCGUCGUGAAGGUGUUUUCUGUUCGGUCGGCUCAUUUUCGCACCGAGUUUUGUUGCAGGUCAUCAGCUCUGCGCAGCGAUUCAAUUGACCCUAUCGCUUGUUCUGCUCGUCGAUUCUCUUUUCAAUUCAGGGAAACACCAUAUCUUGGCUACAACGUAUG